AAAAACAUAACCUUACAAAACUGAACUGAGGCCGAAGCUAUUUUUAUCAGUGAGUGAGCCGGUGUUUUUAAAUAUUGUAAAUAAAUAAAACUUAAGUUAUUCUAACUUUCUCUGAUUUAUCGAAUAAGUUAGUUAGAUUUUAUCAUACGCAUUAAUCUGUAACACAAUUUGAAUUGUUUAGCCCUCUCCUAGGCAAAAAAGCAAGCGAUAACUUAGUGUGAUCUUUGUGAAGUUGUGGCAAAGUAUUUGCCAAUAAUUAUUCAAACGUAACUUAUUUUGUGAUUUGUUUCAACAUGACAUCCUCAGAAGAUAUUCACAAAAUGUUUACUAGCGAUCCAAUACAUUUCAAAUCACUAGUUAAUAAUCUAGUUGAAGUUGAGACAAAAGGCGGUCCAUUAUCUACGGGCAUCUUGUUCACCAUUGAUCCUGUAUCAGAAACGGUUGUUCUUCUUACCCAGACAGGAGAAAGUUUGAAGGUAAAUUUAAUACCCUCACACAAUGUUAAGAACAUCAAGGUCGUCGAGGCUACAAAUGUUGCAAAGAUCCCAGACAAUCUUUUCAAGGAGGACUGGGCCAAACACAUGAGUGAAGAAGAGAUUGAAAAGAAAAGACAUGCUUUGAAAGAUUGGCUGACAAAGAACACAAUUCCAAUUGUUGAGAGUGAUAAACUUUUGAAGCUAGAAGAUGUCUUGACUAUUGAACCACCUUAUGGACCUGACCAAUGCUCGUCUAACAAUGAAAUCGUAUUAAGCAAAAUUCAAGAGUUGAUAAAGUCAAUGCCUGUGUAAAAAAGUAUUAUCACACGAAACCUGAGCAAUAAGAAAAGACUCAUAUUUGAGAAGCUAAUGUUUAAAAGGAAGGUUUAAAAAGUUUUCUGUGAAAUUGUGUUGUGCAAAUAUAUUACAUCUUGGUUUA